AUGUAUUUAUUUCAAAUUUUUAACAAUUCCAGUAGUUAUUCGACAUUAUUGAUAGUCGUAACUGCCAUAGUCGGAGACUAUGUAGUAGCAUACAGUAAAUUGCACGUCUUCCAAGCGCUGUUCGACAAUGCAACUCAUUUCACGAUCGGCGGAUUGUGUUGGUUUAUUGUUUGUUUGCAUUCUAAUUCCAGAGGAGUCGGUUCUACGAGAAAAAUUGUAGAGAUUGCAUGUUGUAGUUUAUUGUCCUCUUUGAUUGACGUUGAUCACUUCGUGGAAGCCAAAUCGAUAAGCUUGAAGAAUGCAACGAACCUUAAACGUAGACCGUUUCUACACUGUUCCACGAUUCCAAUUUUAUUAUGUUCCAUCUUGUUACUUAUUUCAUAUGCUUCGGAUAAUGGUACGAUGAAAAGGGUUAGUUUAAUUAUCUGGACAGCUUUUGCCAGUCAUCAUACAAGAGAUGCUACUAGGAGGGGUUACUGGUUUUAUCCUUUUGGUUCCAGUCCAGCCAUUCCUUACGCAUUUUAUAUUGCAUUGACCUGCAUUUUACCUUAUUCUGUCGUCUUUCUUGAUAGGUAUAUUAGCAUAUCUAGUCAUUAUGAUGCUUUAGAUACUAUUAUAAUAUAG